CGUCCCUGCUAGGCGGCCGCGAUGUCUGACAAGGAAUUCAUGUGGGCCCUCAAAAACGGAGACUUGGAUGAGGUGAAGGAUUAUGUGGCCAAGGGUGAAGAUGUCAACCGGACACUUGAAGGUGGGAGGAAGCCUCUUCACUAUGCAGCAGACUGUGGACAGCUUGAGAUUCUGGAAUUUCUGCUAUUGAAAGGAGCUGAUAUAAAUGCUCCAGACAAACAUAAUAUCACACCACUCCUAUCAGCAGUCUAUGAGGGCCAUGUUUCCUGUGUGAAAUUGCUUCUGUCAAAGGGUGCUGAUAAGACUGUGAAAGGCCCAGAUGGACUAACUGCCUUUGAAGCCACUGACAACCAGGCAAUCAAAACUCUUCUUCAGUGACGGAUGGACUGAUAUCUUAAAUGUCUCUCCUGUGGCCUCACACUGCUGCCUGUCUGUCACUCUUUGCAUCUUCCAGCUUCUUCAGCUAAAUACUUUGGAGGGAGGGAAAUUCUUUAUGAAUCAGACUAGUUAGUGGCUUGUAUUGAAGAUAAUCUGUUUGGAGAGGAUUGAAAACUAUUAUGAACAGUGUCCCUCUAGGACUUCUUUUCAUUGCACAAUCUCUUCCCAUUUCUAGUGAAAAUGGAAGAAGGAAGACAGACCAUGAUCUUGAAUUUUUGGCUUGUAAACCUCCUAGGUUAGUACUAAGAUUUUUGUUGAAAGAUUCCUUUAGAUGGAAGUACUGUGCUAUGUACCUGAAACUAAUUGUGAAGGAGACAAUAGUCUCAUGCUAUUAGUGUCUACCAUAAUAUGAAAUGUAGUAAUGUAGGUGGCUGGGUUGCUUUUCUCUCUUCUCUCUCAGUGUGUAGCUUUAUUCUUUUUGCCUAAAGCUUAUGUUGCGGUUUGGAGGACUUUUGAUACUAGUUAUUGGAGCUGUUCUUUAUGUUGACUAAUUGGAUGUCACACUAAUGUUUUUCUGACUCUUGAGUAAACUAGGAAAGAUCAGUUGAGGCAUGGUGGUAUUACACUCCAGAAUAUCUGCCAUGGUGCAUUCGGAUGCUUGAAUUCAAGGUUUUUCUUUCCCAUUUUUUUUUCAGUCCAGGACAGACAUUUUCAGAAACUGUUUUUGAGAGAGUUCAAAAUGUCACUUUAGGUAUUCCCAAAAGGAUUGUAAGAUGGAAUUUCUUUAUUC